UUGAUCGGCGCUGACUGUUUGUGUAAAGGCGGUAAAAUAAUAGAUGCUGGUACCAAAUCAAGUAAAGUCACGGAUAUAUCUUCUAGAGAUAGUUUCGUAUUUUAGAAAGUAGCGGACGCGUUUUAAUAAUAGAACACAUAUUGUAUUUGUACGAACAAAAUUGCAAAAGUAUUCUUACAUGAUAGGAUGUAUGUAUAUAUUGUCUAGUCGUGUGGAUGUUAUUUCGAAAUAUAUUUCCCACGGAUAGUUCGUAUAUAAAAUAAAACAAUUUGAUUGGACCAUUAAUAACUGAACGAUCUUUAUAUGUUAGCGCAGGCUAGUUUUUGGAUAAAAUAGUUGGUGAAAACGAAAUAUUGAUAGCCUUUCAAUAAAGGAGAUUUUUUUGGUUUAAUAAUACGAAGUGAAAUAAACGGUUAUUUAUUUGUUUUACGGGAGAUAUCUAUUAAAAUAAAACACUUAUGCAAAAGACGCGGACGAACUAACUUUUGGAUAUCUUAAACUCUAAGGAUUUCUAACACUAUAGAAGAACAAACAACGAGGUGAAACAAUGACGAAUUCAAAAGUGACACAAUUCAAACCGACACCUUUCAUGAAUAAUUGCUCAAGAAUUUUCAUUAAUUAUGUCAUUUAUAUUUUUCUCAUUUACGUCAUAUCUGGUGUGGGUAAAGCCUGCAAAUUUCCCAGCUAUUUGAAUACUGAAUCCAUUUGGACAGCGACACACACUGACAAAAGAACUUUUCAAGGUUACUUCAAAGGAAAUGUGAUGGUGUUCACGCGCUGUGAUAGGGAAAGUGUAUGUUUUCAAUACACGAGAAAAUGUCUUUCCAGGCAAAACAACAAUAAGUUUGAGGUGCAACAUAGUUCAACUGUAGGUAGUACGCCUCCUAUAUUUUUAUGUAUACAAAUUCUUCGUAGAGGAACCAGUAUCAUUCAAAUUAAAGAGUCACAAGAACUUUACUUCCGUAGUGCAAAUUCCUGUGACGACAACCAUUUAAUAUUAGACAAUUGGCCUAUGGUAACAAACGAAAACUUUAUAGAGCAAAAGAUCCCAUGUCCAUUUUCUGGUGGAUAUAAUAUAAGGCUACACACGUCUGACAAACAGCCUAAGUGUGGUCAUGAAAUUAUUCCGGCUAGAUUGGAAAGUGAAUGUGAACAAGGAGAUGGAAUGACAAUUAACUUCCAUAAUCGAGAGUGUCUUGAAAAAGAUCUAGGCAUGAACGUAGAGCAGUCAUUUUACUGCGCAGCCACUUGGGCUCAUGGAAAUUACACUUUCGUUAUAUUGAGACCCCAGAAUGACGAUUUCAAGGCAUGGUGCAUGCGAAUCACUGGCACUGACUUCACCAAACCUAUCGAGCAUGGACAUUUAUUUGUUGACCUUAUAUGUGACCCCGGUGAUGGAAAUGGCAACAUAAGGGAAACAUCCAGGUAUCUGUAUCUAGAAUUCACACAGCGCAUUAUAAGCUCAACUUGCGCUGACUCCUAUGCGAGGAUAUGCGACGAUAGCCGACUUUGCCAGUAUAACGACAAAACAUAUUCCAUAAAUUGCAGACGGUUUUGUAACUAUUGUUCGGCUGAAGAGAGUCAAUGCACUUUUCCUGGAAAUUUCCAAGGUGGUUGGGUUGGAAAUAAUAACGGAGAACAGAAAGAAGUAACAAUGUCUUAUUAUGACAUUUAUAUAAGUGGAACGGGACAGUUUCGAUGUCACGAACCCGACGGACACGAUUUUGAAAACAGAACGAUGCUUCUUCAGACUUUUUCAAAUGGCUGCUAUCCAAGAUAUGCUUGCUUCGAAGGAAAGAAAGUUUCUUCGUCAAUUCUAGAGUAUCGCCUUGGCAACCGUGUCAGCUGGCCUGUGAAGAACCCGGAGUCACUUAAAGAAGACGUGUGCGCUGAUCAGCAGUUUGAACCGAGUUCAAGAGAUAGAGAAAACUUUGGGAGAAGAAUUGAUGAAAAACCAACGACAAUUCUAGUAGACACUAAACACCAUUACCCGUUCAGCUGCAAUUUACAAAAUUGGCCAGGGCUAACUGAUAACAGACUGUACAUGCAGGAGGCAAAUGUUUGUGAAUAUUGCUUUGUGUAUGACGCUAAAGACAAGCGAAGCCAAAGAAAUUUUAUUGCUCAGCCUUUUAACUGUACAUCCGGCAAUACUCUUGACCGGAAGGAUUAUCAUUGCCUAGGGGUGUUUCCACAAGGGGAAAACAUCCAUGCUGUCGUAACACGAACCAUUCAUGCUCAUCAAGAAUACUUAUGCUGGGUGUUUGUACACGAAGAAGAAAACGACGACAGAGUUGGUAUAGUUUAUGUUCUAGAUGCGACAAAUUGUAACAAAGUUGCUAUAAAGGCUGUUCAAGAAGGUACUGUAAUGCCUAAAAGAACAUUGGUCAUACCAAAGAACCGCCAGAAUUGCCCAUACAUAGAAAAGCUUCUGCCGUCUACGACGUCUGUCGAAUAUGGCACAACUAGGAGACAUCAUCACAACACACAUAAACCUGAUAGAUCCGGUACUACCCACUUUCCAAUGUUUACUAGUUCGUCACAUAAACUGUAUCAUCCGAGAUACCAAACCACAGUCCUACCACCAUUAUACAGUAACAUGGAAAGUUCUGCUGCCUGUGUAAAAUGUUUUAGUAAAACAACAAUGUCUUUUAUUCUAUUCACAUUAAUAUUUGUCGCCCUUACUUAGCAUUGGUUUUUGUGAUGAUAAAUAGUUAAGGUGUGUUGACAAAUAGGAUGCUGUCGUUCUCGGACAAAUAUUUCGGACAUGAUGUUAGUGUGUGGUGUAUUGUAUUCUCUGAAGCUGACAGAUUACAGUAUUUAGGACGAGCAGAUUGUGUUACUAACUGUUAUUCGUUCGUAAAAUCAUAUGAAUCGAUUUCUUCUUUCUCCAACGCUUCUAUAUCUAAACAGUUACCCGAACUUGCGCUAUAUACUAUUUUCUAUAUUUCUAUACUCUAUAAAUAUACUGUACGGCAUAGUCAUACAUUAAACGUUCAUACUUUAUAGGUAUAAAAGAUCAUUUGUGCACAGAUUUUAUUUUAUCUUAACACUAAAAACAUAUACCCUUUUAGCUUUACUCUACACUUACCUUUCUAGAUCACUUUAUAUAAAUACCAUAUUCCAUUGUAUUACUUUUUUAAAACUGCUGAUAACGUUAAAUUCAGGAGUGACAGCUAAAACAACAAUGUAUUUUCUUUCUUUAAAAUGUAUUGUUAAACAUUAAAUCCAAACGUAUUAGACAGGAGUAACAAUUUUUAUUAGUUCUAAAUCUGUAUUAACCCAAUACGAAAAGAUUUUUUUUUGAUUUUUCAAAAAAGUUCAAAAUAUCUUUAAUAUAUUUCAAGAUCUUCCCAACAAAUUUAAUAUUCGUUGAUGUUUAUAGUGAUACAUUCUUUAAUAAGAACUUUAUAACUGCCCAAACAGUUUCUAAUAUAGCAUACUUAUUACAACUGAAAGCUGCCUUUUCUUUCGAGUAACUUUACGUUACACAUGAUUGGACAUUACUAGAGCAAGGGUAUGCUUCCAGUAUGGUUGAUUUCACCUGACACGUAGUUUGUUCAAAGUUUAUGUUAAAUGUUUAACUGACAAUUGCAGAGUUUUAAUUGCAUUUUUUUCUUAAAAGUAAAGCUGUUAAAAUAUAGAACAGAAACCUUAAAAUAUCGCUUGCAUAUUUUCGUGUGUGUGUCGGGUUUUGGUGCACAACUUUUAUACCUUUCUAAAUAUGGUGAUAGUUCUUCUUGUUCUAAGCUUUAUAUUAUUUAAGAAGCUGUAAGUAUGUAUGUAAUAUGUAUAUAAGCUUAUUAUUUUAUCAAAUGUUUAUUUGAUGAUUUUAUGUAAAUAUUUACAGAAUUGAAGAUGUAGAUAAAAGAAAUUAAUUUUAACAGGAGAUUGUUUUUAUGUGGAUCAUUGUAUAACAAAAUAUAAGUUUUCAAAUCGUGGUGUGUGUUGUUUUAUAACAUACAUUUUGUAAAUCAAUUACUGGAGUUCUAGAUAUUGUGUGAAUAAGAUAGUUUACGCAUUUCAAGUCUAAUUGAUAGUCAUUAUAAUAUAUUGUUUACAUAUUUGAGAAACAUUUAAUUUACAAAACUUAUUAAUGUUAUUUUACUUGUAAAAUAGGAAACAUUUCUUGUAUAUGUAUGUCUUUACAAACAUAACGAAAUCUUUUAAAGGUAAAAACAUUUUUUUUUAUUGUUUAGCAUUCAGCAAAAUAUAACUGUGAAUAUUUGUAACGCGCAUGUAGAAAUUGUAUUUGAAAUAUUUGUUAAGUUUAAUACAUUUAUCAUAUAUUAAAAUUAUCAUGUAAAGUUACAAAUUUUAUCUAUAAAACACAAUUUAAUGUUCUAAUGUUAAUGCGUCCUAAAUUGUUUGAAUAUUCAUGCAUUUGUUGUGACAUUUAUUAAUUAUUUUAUUUCAUAUGUUUGAUUCAUGAAAUGACCAAAUGAUAUAAGCUGUCAACUAUGAACAAUAAUUCUGUAGUCGUAAAUAAUAUAAAUUCAUUUACUAUGAAGCGGUUUUGAAAACAAACAUAUUUAACGACAAAUGGUUAUUAAAAGCAUGAAGUGUUUUAUGUCUGUUUUAGGUAUAGUUUCAAACACAGUCGUUGCAUUUAUAAAGCAUAAAAUAGUAUUUGUUGCGGUUUGACUUAAUUGAUGACUUUUAUCAGACGAAGUCCCAUACGUUUCUUUAUACUUAAAAUUUCGAAGUUUUAGUAAUGUUAUUAAAAGAGAGCAAGAUUUGCAUACCUGAAACUUGGCAAAAUUAAUGUUAAUAAUUUGUAAGAAAUGGUGUCAUUUUUUAAUAUUUAUCACAAACCUUUGUGCAAUUUACAUUUAGAAAGAUGGAAAAAUAAACAAUUAAUAUUUUUCGUAUCUUAUUUCGUUUUUAAUUGUCAUUCUUCUACAGAAGUAUCUAGUAAUUUGAAAUGUGUAUUUCUUCUUGAAUUGUCCGGUUAUUUGCUUUAUUAACUAUUAUAUUGUCUUUACAACAGAUUGUUUCUUGGAGUUGUUUAAUAUUUUCUUUGAGAAGUAAACAUUUAUAUACAUA